UGCUUCUUUAUUUGAAUUAUGAUGAGAACUAUCAGUGUUAUAAAAACCCAGACUUGCGAAACGAAAUCUUGCACUGCUCUGCUUCUCUUUUUUUCUCCCUGGAAAUUGCACAUUUCCUGUACACUGCCAGUUGGAUUACACACUGCCUCCGCCUGUUGCAAGCAGUACAAGCAGGCUGAUACCUUGGAGCACUGAGGCUACUGGAAGACAGGCAAGGACUAGAAAAAAGUGGGGAAAAAAUAAGUUUUAUUGAACAUUGGGCAUGAGCGGGGAAGAAAUGUCUGCCAGUGUAAACUUCAGCGAUUAUCACACACCAGAUCCCUGCAUGGUGGAUUCCAAGUUCAGAUAUACCCUCUUCACAGUGUCAUACAGUAUUAUCUUUAUAUUAGGAUUCAUUCCCAACUGCUAUGUAUUGUGGGUAUUUUCCCGGGUUUAUCCUGGCAAAAGUAUGAGUGAGAUCAAAUUAUUCAUGAUCAACCUAACAGUGGCUGACUUGUUAUUUCUAGUAACAAUGCCUCUUUGGAUUGCCUAUUACAAUAACCAAGGAGAUUGGCUAAUGCCUGCAUUUCUAUGUAACGUGGCUGGAUGUUUUUUCUUUUUGAACACUUACUGCUCUGUUUUAUUUCUUGGGGUCAUCACCUAUAACAGAUAUCAAGCUGUGACUCAUCCCGUAGAAACUGCACAAUCAACAGCCAGAAUGAGAGGUAUCUGUGUCUCCGCUUCUGUCUGGAUAAUUGUAGUUGCUUGUUCACUAUACUAUCUUUUUAUACCCGGUACCAAUCAGGUGACUAUUGAUGGGCAAAAUGUUACCCGUUGUUUUGAAGGCUAUGACAUUACCAACAGAGAUCCUGUGGCCAUAACUCAUUUUGUUCUAAUUGCUGCCUUUUUCCUUAUAUUUCUUAUAAUUUUAGUUUGCAAUUUGGUGAUUAUUAGAACUUUGCUCACACAACCAGUUCAGGCUAAGAAGAGUUCAGAAAUGAAACAACGGGCUCUGUGGAUGGUGGGAACUGUGCUGUUGGUCUUUGUCAUAUGUUUUGUCCCACACCACCUUAUUGAUGGUCCCUGGACUCUUACGGUCCUGAGAAUGUGGCAUGAAAAUGAUUGCCAAUUCCGUAAGACGCUGAAUGAUGCACAUCAGAUAACAUUGUGUCUCAUGAGUACCAACUGCAUGCUGGAUCCUAUCAUCUACUGCUUCCUCACCAAGAAAUUCAGGAAGCAUCUCAGUGAACGUAUCAAGACUUUCAAAAACAGCCGUAAGUUGUCCAGACAAACCACCGAAUCUGGCUUAGAUUAUUCAUUACCACUCAAAGAGAUUGAUACUUUGAGAGUAGACUUUGCUACUGAUUAACCCAGUAUAGGCAGCAGGGACUAUUUCUUGAAAUGAGUAGUUUUGCAUAGAAUAGUCUUCUCAUAAGGUUAGAGAUUAACAUAACUAUGGGCAUUAAUUACACUCUAAGCCUAGCUAUUAAAAUGGUAAAAAGUUGGCUCACACUAUAAGUGGGCCUAUGUUUCAGAGCUAAUGACUAUGAAGGCAAAGUGGAAAUUAGUCAUGCCAGGUCCUCUGAUUUCAAUAAAUGCAGUCAAUCAGUGUUUCUUGUAUUGUUGUCCUAAAACUUGUUUGAACUGCUUUAUUAUAAUUAAAGGGACAUAAAAGUAAUUUGUUACAUAUGAUCAGAUGCUAAUAACUGCAUACAAAGUAAAAACCUAUAACCCUGUCAUUAUGUUGGCAACACUUUUUUUAUAGUCUAGGGGUACAUUCUAUAAAAAGGCUCUUGCGUGUUAUUUCUCUUAAGUCAUUUUCAGUGGCAAAUUAAGAAUAGAUAGAAGCAAACUCCUACUCAUAACAAGCAAUCACUGCGCAGCAUGUAGGAGGGGUCGGGGAUCUGCAAUCCACAGAAUGCACUCCAGCCUUUCUGGGGUCGUUAAAAAAAGUAAAUUCAAAUUUGAAUUUCAGGAAAAGCAGCCAGUAUAAAUAAUGAAUGUGCAGAGUAUUUUUUUUAUUUUGCCUGAUUAAAUAUUUUAUGGAAAAUGAUGUCCCUUGAAGCAAUUUAACUGUGAUUAUUAUUCAUUAUUGCUGUAAAAUAUUUCAACCACAGAAUAGAAAUCAUUGUGUCGGCGAGAGGGCAAGUGUAGGAAAGUCUUAUGUACAAUAAGGGCAUGACCAUUUAAGGCUUUAAAAACAGUUGCACAGUGCAGCCUGGUGUAUAGUUUAAUGGACACAUGUCUAUGUAUUUAUCUGUGUCCUUCUCAGCAGAAAUUCAAGAUUCUCAACCACAUGCAAUCCAAGAGGACCACCUUGUGAGUCCAGAAACUUAACUAUUAGAACUGGUGGAAUCUCCAGGAAUCAGAUGCCCAGAAAAGUUUUCCCAACUUACUUCACCUCCAGAUUUUUAGCUGUGUCUGUCAAGGGAACCAAGCUACAGACUCCCCUCUUUAUUGUUAUACACAUAUGUUCUUAACAUCCAGAGAUGUAUCCUUCAGUGCUGGACAAGGAUGCUCAUAUUGACUCAAAUGAGAAUAUAAGUGGAUUUUUUUCAUUAUUUAUCUUUGGACAACCAAUAUGGCUCUUACGCACACAAUUUAAAUGGUGCAUGAUAUAUGGGUACAGGAGGUGUACACUUUCAAGAUAUCAGGGAUAUAGAUAAAAUAAAUGUAUAUGAAUAAAUAUAAAUGUAUAUAAAAAUAAAUAUAUUUUAUACUUUUUAAAAA